CUUCACGGUGCUAACCUGUUGGCACACCUGUUCUCCAUAAUCAUCAGUGAGCACAGCAGUUCAUCCACCAAAGAUCUCUCUGGGAUUUGAAGCUGCUUCACAGCAGAGCUUCUCUGAGUUGGUGGGCCUGAGCUCCUUCUAAGGUGUUGGGAGGUGAAAAGAGUGCGACGGAAGAGCAGAGGAACGCUGUCGGCCAUCUUAGUCCAGCUCAGCCACUGAAGAAGGCAAAAAAUGGCUUAUUUACAAAUGGGACAAACAGACCCGGGCGGGGAAUGCUCUCAGGAGGCCGAGGAUGCUCGCCCAACGACCAGCGGAGAUGAAUCCCACACUUGCGAUCAGUGUGAAAGGACUUUUGCUACCAAGAGUCGCCUCACAGUACACAAACGGAUCCACGCAGAUGUAAAACUGUAUCGCUGUGACGAGUGCGGGACUUCUUUUUGUCGGAGCAGCAGCUUAAAAAGGCAUCGAGUCAUCCACAGUGGGCUCAGACCGUACACGUGUGAGCAGUGUGGGAAGACUUUCAAUCAGAUGAGCAUCUUGGAAAGGCAUCGACUCCUCCACAGUGGAAUUAAACCACACGUCUGUGACGAGUGCGGGCUGGCUUUUACCUGGCUGCCAAGCUUGAGGAGACAUCAGCUGUCCCACUCUGGGAUUGCAGACUGAAGCAGAUGCAUGCAGCGCUGUAGUAGCCACUGUUCUUUACCGGCUUCUUCACAGCGGGCCCCAACUGAAGUACUGAGAAGAACUUGGAAGAUGUUUCUCCUCAGAGGCUCAUUAAAAGUCCAUGGAGUCACCCACAGACAGGAAAAACCGGGAGUUGGGGGUUCCUAGAACUCAAAUGUCUUCUUUUCUUUUCUGUGAUCUGCAGUAUCUGUAAUUUCUAAAGUGUCACAGUGAACAUUUGGUCACUUGCGUUUCUAACUUUGAACAGUUUUAAUGUCCCACUGAUUGAGGUGCGCAUUCAGAUCUCCCAUCAAUUGAACCUGACCAGUAGUAAAACAUCCAGAAAGUAAUCAGAUCACCAAGUGAAAGCUAAAACUGCUUUUAACUGCUUAUUAAACUGACUGCUUCUCUUAAGUAAUUGAUUAGCUGCUUAUAGGAAAAAGUGCCCCCCCCCCCUCCCCCCCAGCAGUUUAGUAUUUAUAGUUGAAAGAAAUCUGAUACUACGGUAACUUUUUGAAUCUUAAAUUGUAUAUUUUUUGUAUUCACUGUAUUUUUUUUUCUUUUGUUGUUGUUGUUGUUGUUGUUGUUGCAUGGAAUCAACACAUCUGUACAUAUAGUACUGCAGUAAAGCUGUAUUUUUAGCAGUGUUUAAAAUUUGGUUGAGUUGUACUAUUGGAUCGUGUGUUAACAUCUGAACAUCAUGUAUUAUGACACGAUGCAACAUUUUGGAACGACUUGGCUUCUUUCGUGUUUAGGCGGUGCAAUGUAGCUACAACAUGUCACAUGUAAUGAUCUUCCAGUGUUUUUCCAUAGGUUAAAAAUAAAAUCCUGUUUAUAACUUCAGUUUGUACUGAUGG